UGACUCUGUUCCACUCGACCACGUUCUCUGAAGCAACCGCUGCGAUGGGAAAACAAUCGCGGUAUUCCCGAAACCGAUAUUCCGAACGUUAGGUCGUUGCACGCCUUGCUGUGUCCCGCUUGCCCCUGUGCUGUACACCGGUGGAUGACUUGCACAACUCUAUCAGCGUGGCACGAUGGAAACGGUCGUGCGAGGAUACGUCAGCUUCGUGUUGCACUGCAGCCCGGUCGGAAUAGCUCGUUGUUAGAGUAUUGGCAUCACGACAAGCGUGAUGUACCAUUCUAUCGUGUCUCUGUCGACCUUCUCGAAGAGGCGGAGAACAUACACAAAAGGCACGCACUUCCAGCACGAAGAUGCAUCUAUUCAAACGCUAGCAACUUGCAGUUGAUGUCUUGCGCUGAUCGAUAUCUUGCACUCUCCAGAAUAUCAAAUUUCGUAUCUCCGCAUCCCGCGACCUCGUAUUUGACAUACAACACGCAUCUACACCCAAUCGACCUCCUCUUGGCCCCAGAAUUUACUACCGAUCACCAUCAUCCUCUGUCAGGCAACGGACGAACCGCAGCGCCCGCUGUAAUUUUACUUCGCUUCGCCACUGGCAUUCGUUCUGGGCAUCUCUAGGCAAGCCUCCACCGACAACGCAUCGCACGUUGUCAAGGAUGUCAGCACAACAAUCCAAUGUGGCAUUUGGUACAAGUCUCUCCACUCCAG